CGCUUAAUUGAAAUCUCCGCUAUUUGUUUCGCUUCCCUCGGUUCUCUUCUUCCUCACUGUUCCACCUCACCAUUUUCCUUCACGUGAAAUCAAUGAAAUUCAAAAGCUAAAUUACUCUCAAACCCUAAUACUACUCUUCAACUAAUGGCCACCGCAGCUUUCAAAUCCACCACCAAGAGAAUCCCCGUCGGAGCUUCCUCCGGCGACGACUCCCGCGCCUCUUCCUCCUCCCUCCACCACCGCCGCUCUCGGAGCCUCAGUCGACCUGCUCGUCCUCCCUCCUCACGCGAUUCCGACUCUGAUCUCGCCGCUCCUAGAGGCAAGUUCGUUAACACUGUUAGAGGCUCUGGCUUCCCGGAGAUUAGCCUUGACGAUCUCGCUAUUGAGUUUUUUGAUUCUGCGAACCGAGGUCGCGUUAAUUCUAGAAGCUCGGAGUCGGAGACGUCGUCGUCGGUGAGAAGAGGGAGGUCUGUUUCGAGGAGGAGCUCCGGUGUUGGGGAGGAUAGAAGGAGUAGUAUUGGUGGCGGAGGAAAAACGAGCUCCGAUGCUAGUUCGAGAAGAAGGAGAUCGGUUUCAGUUGUUAGGUGUCAAAUUAGUGAUUCUGAGAGUGACCUGGAUCGUUCUCAGAAUUCUAAAAGUCGGGCAAAUUUGAAAAAUAUUGAUAUUGGGAACAAGGUAAUGCAUAAGCCAGUUGCUUCGGAUCAAAGACAAGUGCUGAAAAAGUCCCUUAGUCAGAAAGAUUUGAGAUCAUAUGAUGGCUACUCUAGUCAUUCUUCAGUUCUCACUGAUGACGAAGGAGCAAGUGCCCACUUCAAAAAAAGUGGAAGUGAGAAACUACGAGCAGUUCAUUCACAUAAGAAGGGUGGACUUGUUGACAUGGCUAAUGAAACUUCCACUUUUAAGGCGGCGGGGAAAUCAAGGGCCUCCCCGUUGUCCAUGAGUGAUAGGUUGCUGUCAGAUAAUUCUGAUGCUGUUCAGGCGGUUUCUUCGGUCAGAAGGAGCUAUGAAUCUGAAUUGGAACAGUCAGAGAAAAGAAAACAAGAUUUGUUAGCUGAGAUUGUGUUUGAGGAGCAGCGAGGCAGACAACUUUCCAAGAUCGUUAAUGAAUUGAGUCCUCCUAAAAAGAGCAAUUCUAUAGCAGAACCACCAAGAGUCAGGAAGAAAAGUAAUGACAGAAACAGAAUGUCUAUGCGGUUAACUGAGGAGGCUGAGAGAUAUAUCGAGGAUUUCAUUUCAAAUGUUGAAGAUACGGAUAUUUCCUCACUUGAUGGAGAAAGGAGUGACACAAGCUCUUCCAUUGGAGGAUUGAUAAAACCAGAAACAUUUUACAGUCCACCAUUGCCUAGACCUCUUCCUGUUUUGAUGGAUGGGGUGACAUUACCAUGGUUGCAAUGGGAAACAAUUAACGAUGCUACACCUAGGACAACCCUGAAUAAGGCACUUUUAACAUUGACUCCGAAUACUGCAACUGCAAGUUCCACUCAGGAUAAUUCGAAAGAUCAAAGUAACCAAUCUAUCAGCAGUCGUGGGAGCUGGAGCCCUGAUUACCUUAAGGACUAUAUCGGAAAGGAUGUAUACAGUAAACUUGGAAAAGUUUAUAGUAAUCCAGACCAGUCAUCCUUAGCUGAAUCAAAAGGAUUGAGAUAUGAUAUCGAUGAGUAUCUCAAAGUUAAAAGCAGUGAAGAUUUUCUGACUGAAAGACUGAAGCAACAGCAAAGAAUUAAUUCAGGCUGUCUCCUGUUAUGUAACAUAAGAUUAUUUUAGUGUACAAAUAAUUACCAAACAAUUGAUCUAGCUAUGUCACCACAUGUAUUUGAAGACAAACAUGUUAUAAACGACUAGCAUCAUAAUUCAUUAGUGCAAGCUUUGUCA